GCUCUGUCCCGCUCCCCCCGAUAAAAACGCGCCUGUGUUACCAAGCUGCGAGCUGCAAACAACGACACACGUGCCCGGUCUUUCGCUGCUGCAUCAAUUUUGCACGCAUCGUCGCUACAAGAGCCUGACACAGCCGCGCUCUCCCAAACAAGAUCCAUUGAAACGCUGCGUAAACGCUAGUUAAUCAAUAUGGAGGCCACCCACAGCGCCGAGGCCGCCGAAAAGAAGGGCCUGCCGUCAGGUUGGACCGCGUCGCGCACCAAGGCCGGCCGCUGGACCUACAUCGCGCCGGACGGCGAGGAGUUCUCGAGCCUCGCGUCGGCCAAGACCGCGGCCGCCAGCCAGAAGCCGCCACGCGUCUCCGAGUCGCCGACGGCGCGCCCCGGCGCCGCGGGCAUCGACCGGUCGACCGGCGCCCUGGCGCGCGCGGCCGACCCCGUGCAGCGCGCCAAGGCGGCAGCCGCGGCCGCGCAAGCUGAGGCCAUCCUGCCCUCGACGGGCGACGACGGCCUGAGCCAGUACGAGCGCGAGCGCCUCGGCCGCAUCGCGCGCAACGAGGCGUUCAUGCAGUCGCUCGGGCUGGGCGGCGGAUUAGCGGGCGGCACGCCGGGCGGCAAGCGCGCCGCGGCGUCGCAGCGCGGCGUGCCCCGCAAGAAGGUGAAGAAGGCUCCGGCCGGGCCCGCGCGCCGGUCGCCGAGAUUGGAGGAGGAAAAGACGGGCAAGAAGGCCUCCGAGCCCCUCGCGGCGCUCUCCUACUCCACGGCCGAGGCCAAGCCCGAGCGCGAGCGCCUCACGGGCGACCACGCCUACCGCGUCGACGGCUUCGACUCCGCGCGCACGGCUCAGCCAUUCUCGGCCAAGCAGGCCGAGUCGGCCGCCGCGCGCGUCAAAGCGCUCAAGGCUUCAAAUGCAGACGCCGAGGCCAUUGAAGAGGCCGAGGCCGACCAGAAGGCCUGCGACGCGGAGGCCGCCGAGGCCCUCGCGGCCGUGACGGCCGAGGACGCCGAGGAGCGGGCCGACGCGGCGCGCCUCGUGGCGCGCGUCGCCGGCGCGGCGAGCGGCACGCGCAAGGCGCUGAGCGAGGCGCGCUACGCCACGUCCCUGCAGCAGAUGCGCAUCCGCGACGUCGACAUCGCCAAGGUGACGCAGGCCCGGACCUACGCGCUCGCCUGGCAGCCGCGUUCUGAUAGGUUACUGAUCGCGUCGGGCGACGUGAACGGCCAGCUCGGGCUCUGGGACGUCGACGAGGCGGACGCCGAGAAGUGCUGCUGGUCGCUCAGUCGGGCUCAUAGCCGGCCCGUGACGGCGUUGUACUGGGACGGCGGUUCCGUGAUUUCGGGCGGCUACGACUCGCUCGUGCGCAAGUGCGCGCUGGACCACGCGCCCCUGGUCUCGACGGUCGUCGCCGAUUACUACGACGACGACGUCGACGACCUCACGCACUUCUGCCUCCAGGGCGACGUGGUGUGGGGCGCCCACAAGUGCGGCGGCGUGUCUCGAUUUGAUUCUAGGGCCGGGUCUCCCACCUCGAAGAAGCUCAUUAUCGACGCUCAUGGGAGGAAAACGGCCCACAUCGGCGUGCGGCCCGGCCACGAGUUCCACCUCACGACGUCGUCGAACGACGGCUCGGUCGUCGUCUGGGACGUGCGCAAGCUCAAGCCCAAGAAGCCGACGGAGGUCUGGGCCUACGAGCACGCCAAGUCCGUGCACGGCUUCUGCUGGUCGGCGGACGGCAAAACGCUGGCCUCGUGCUCCUACGACGACACGGUCGGCUUCCACGAUGUGGAUAAGGACACGACCGUGUCCGUGCGCCACGACAACCGCACGGGCCGCUACCUGACGCCCUUCAAGCCGACGAUGGACCCGCACGCUCCCUUCCCGGCGGUCAUCAUGGGCUCCAUGGGCCGGCCGCGCUGCGUCGACGUGCUCCGGGCCAAGGCGCCGAACACGCUCAUCAAGUUGAACGACCGCGACAACGUCUUCCACGCGGUCACGUCGCUCCACGACGUCCACCCCUACGCGCACGUCAUCGCCGGCGCGAACAACAGCGGCCGGCUCUCGAUCUGGCGCGCCUGAGCCCCUGUCUACUAACCUGAACGUUGUAUGAAAA